UAAGCUGUAAGCCUCGGGCAUCAGCUGUGCUUCAAAAUAGCUAGCGAUGCGCAUGCGUUGAGCCCACUCCACCGCUAAAUUGGCGGAUUGGGGCCAUGACCAGCAAAAAAAUCGAUGCCCUGCGACAGUCGUUGGGCGACAGAGGCGUCAGAAGCAUGUCGGAGCAGACGGAGAACACCAGCUACGAGCAGGAGUGCCAACGGGCGGAGCUGCUGGGCCUCCAGCCGCCAGAUCCCGAGGAGUUCGAGCGAAAGCGCCAGGCGCGACUGGAGCACGAGUUGGCCGAACAGGAGGCCGCCGAGGCGGUGCUGCUGGAGCAACAAGACGAGAGCCUGGGCAACGUGGGCGGCAAGCUGGGCGAGCUCAAUAGCAUCCUGUCCAGCACGCAGCAGAAGCUCAAUCGCUUCAAGCAAACGGCAUGCGGCAGUUUGACGAACAUAUUUGCUCGAGCCAGCUCGGGUUCCGUGGAUCUCUCGGCGGGCGUGGGGGGAUCGGGAACGGGUGUAGCAGCCAGCAGCCAGGAGGAGCGCCCGCCUGUCCAGGAUCAACCGCUGGCCAAGCCACCGCCAACGGCCGCCGAAGUGGCCGCCGCCAAGGCGGCCAAGCAGAAGCGCAUGGACUCGCAGCUGGACAAGUUGGACGCGUUGAUCAACCAGGCGGAUAAUGCCCAGAUCGCGAUGAGCGAGCAGACCCAGCAGAUGCGCCGCCUGGCCAAGUGAAAGGGUUCCAAGGGAUAUAAGGUGAUCCAUCAGCACUUCAAUAUUCACACGAACACCACAACCGAAAAAAAGAAGCCAAGCACUCGCUAGCAUUUGUGAAAUGAACAUCUAUGAUUCCAACUUUAUUUACCCUCACUCUUCAGGUGAUCCUCGUCGCCUGAUCCUGGCCAGCCUUCUGUCCUCUUCUUUGUUUGGAUGAACACAUGAGUUUCGCUUAAAACUAAACACAAGUUGAGAUUACCCAAAGCGUCUUCAAUCACAUUUAUCGAGUGUGCGGACAGUGCGCGCCAUCACUCUUCAAUGAGUCCGCAGAGUCUUACAUUCCCGGCGCGCACUGCUCUCCCUUACAUUCAUCUCGUUGACUUUACACAUAAAUAUAAUUAGGUAUUUAUAUAGUUUACAUCGGAGUUUUCAAAAAUAUAUAGAGUGUUUUCUCGACAAUUCGUUGUCAUAGUUCAAAACUGAAUUACAAAUUUGACAAUAAUAGUUUCGUUAAAGUAUUCGUGUAGUUGAAUUUAUAGUCAACGCUCUCCCUAAAUUUUGAUUUUGAAUACAGUGUUACUGAGUUUGGGUUUCUUGAAACAAAUUAUAACAUAUAGAGUAUAUAUACAGAAAGUAUGACUUCAUUUCAUACACAUUGAUUUUUCUAAUUUACUUUUAUUUUCAUUAUACAUUUUUUUUGGUAAGUCACAUUUG